AUGGGUGAGGAAGAGGAUGAAGUGGUGGCUGGCGAUGGCAGUGGGGCCAUCAACGUUCGUAGAGGUUGGGACAAUGGGGAUGGUAGGGGGUUUCAAGGUAGAAAUGGGGUUAGGGUUUUUGCAGUAGAUAUGGUGGGUGUGGAAUGUGUUAGGCCAUUAGCAUUCUUUGUUGAAUUUUUGUUCUCUUCUGGUCUUGUUUUGAAAGGGCCUUGGGUUUUACAAGUGGGAAUAUCUCUAUACACAGAUGCAUUUGGUUUGAAAGGGUGUGCUAAGAUUUCAAGGGUGGCCCCGAUGAAAGGAGAGUCUAAUGUCCAGUGGAGGAUAGAUUGA